AUGCCCGAAUUUUUGUUCACCCCUCAGGCCAAUCCAGUCUUACCAGUCUUCUCUCAAGCUGUCAUUUCGAAAGGAACAAUUUAUGUUUCCGGGAACAUUGGAUGCGACAAGGACAUGAAGAUUGUGGGUGAUAUCAAAGCUCAAACACGGGCAGCUUUGGAAAACAUUGCAAUUGUUUUGAAGGCAGCUGGAUCCGGUUUGGAUUCCAUUGUCAAAGCCAAUAUCUACCUAACCAACAUGGCUCGGGAUUUUGGACCCAUGAAUGAGGUCUACGCAGAGUUUUUUGACAAGGACAAAAUGCCUGCCCGCACAUGCAUUGGGGUUGCAGCACUCCCAAUGGGUGCCGAUUUUGAGAUGGAAUGCACAGCUGAAAUACCAGAGAAAUAA